UUUACAUUGGUUACGACCAUAACAAGUCGGUACAUAUUAUGUAUGUACAUGACUCAAUUCACUGAAAUUUAAAUAAUUGAGGAGUGAAAAUAAAACGUUCAGGUGCAGGUCUGUAACUCCCGGUCUGGAAAAAUUCAGAUGGACGAUCAGGGAGCUACAGUGCCAUCCAUUGAAAAAAAUUGUGUGUUUUCAGACCGGGAGCAAUAUACCUUCAGCUAGUCUAUUUAUCAAUGGGACAUAGCAGUGAAAGUGAGCUGUAGAUUCCCAAUUGAAUGCGAGGAACGAUGGCGAACUCAUCCAAGCCUCAAAUGAUGAUGCAAACGCGGUAUGACAAAUAUCAACGAAUGGACGUGGACGAAAUUCUACCAGGUCUCUAUCUAUCUGGGUGCAACCCUGCCGAAAACAAACAAGUAUUAGAAAGUUUCAGAAUAACUCACAUCGUCAAUAUGGCGUCCUACUUCGAUAAUCAGUUCCCAGACUUAAUAACAUACCACCAAAUCAAAGUGGAAGAUCUAGAAGAUUCCAAUCUAUUGCAGUACUUUGAGAAAACGUUCAAAUUCAUAGACGACGCGAGGGGCAAAGAUGGGCGGGUACUAGUGCACUGUAACGCUGGAAUUUCCCGCGCAGGAACUAUGGUGACAGGUUACCUCAUGAGAACGAAAGGACUGACAAUGACGCAAGCUAUGUCGUUUGCUCAGUCAAAACGUAGGAUGAAUCCCAUUGAUCCUAACGAAGGAUUCAUGAAACAAUUGAAAAAGUAUGAGGAAAUGUUAAAAGCAGCAAAAGUAAUAAAACAACAAUGAAACUCGCUUGUUUUCCUCAAGUUCACUCUAAAAGAUGAAUUCUAGGGACAGGCUUGAAUGGAAACACUUAUAUUUUUAAAACACAGAAGAACAAAAUAUGUAUGAAUGUAUCUUGUAUACAUGUAUAUGCAAUAAAUUAUUCUUUUAAAAAUA